UCAAGCAUAAAGGGUUCGGUUAUUAGUGGUUAUGUCCUCCAACCAACUCCAAGCUUUUGUGUCGGUCUUGCCUCUCUUUCUUUCGGUAAGGAAGGCCGAAGGGGGCUCGAACAGUUUACUGGAAGGGCUUCCGAAGGCCUUAUGGCAAUAAGUGCCUUACAGACAGCCAGCCAGCUAACAGUUCGUUCCCUUCGUGCCUUGGCUGGCCUUUUUGGUUGGGGAGAAGUCCAAAAUAUCUUUAUUCGUUAA